GGGGAAUUUGAUCGCGAAAACGUCAACAGUUGUCAUCAUACAUCAUGAAAAAUUUCAGUAACUAGCAAUUAUCCUCAGCAGGAAAAUGCUGGAAGUGUUUUUGGAACUGGGGCUUAUUUUGGUUCUCUUUUAUUGCCUCACUCUCGCUACCGUAAACGAAGAUAAUAGAAGGAUUUUAGACAGAAAAGGAGAACAAGUCCGGAAAAGAAGCGGAAAGACGAAAAAUAACGAAAAAAAGUUGAAUUCGACAUCGUCAAGGAGUUACCAUCAUACCGAAGAUAGUAUAGCGAUCAAAAGACAAAAGAAACCAUUUAUUUUGCCUUACGAAGACUUGUUCAAAAGCUUCUCUUCCAAAACUGAAGAACCAAAUAAAGUACGCGAUGCAUUUCACAAGUUUAGUAAAUAUCCGUUGUUGGAUUUGAAUCGUCAGAUUCGUAAUCGUGAAAAAUCAGUUGGAACUUCACACAUACAAACCACAGAAAAGACUACAAGUACUGACAACAAUAAGUGUACAAAAUCUGGAACUCAAACUUCAUUCCAGUGUUUGAACUUUGAGAGUCGGCAUCUACCAGUGGAAUCUACGAAAAUCAAAAGAGAUUGGGUCAAUACCAGGUCAUACUGUGGAAAGACAACAAUAGGAGACAGAAGAAUUGAAGAAAAAGAAUCCUCAAUAACCUUUACCCCUUCGUUUCACGAUAGACUGGAACGACAACUCGUGGACCUGAUCCAAAAGUAUUGGGACCAGUGUGUUGUGGAAAGAAACAAUAGAAACAGGAGCCAUUCAACACCGCAAAUAGUAAAUUCCAAAUCGUUUUCACAAUUCAACACGGUAUUAUCGGACCAUCAUAAGCUUGACAGUAUUCAGUCCAUUCACAUGAAACCAUAUAAAGGGAUUUGGAGCAAUUUAUUGGAAGACGUAACGGUGCUGGAUUGUAACAGUUCUUUCUCCCAAAUAAUCUUAAACAGCCACCGCGAGGAUAUGAAGAAAUCGUUUAAUAUCUCAACAGAAGAAGAAAAUGAAGAAGCAGUUAAUUGUGAGGAUCUUGAGUCACCCAAAACCGAACACAAACCCGCCAAAACGAGGCAAAUUAAAUCAAUAAAGAGUUUACUUAAGAAAGAAUUGGAAGAAAUCCUCAGUGCCGAUGAAGAUAAAAGUAAGUCCCCAAAAAUCUUAGAAAAUUGUCGUAACCCCUCAAACGUCUACGUUAAUCAACGAGUAGAACUAAGGACAUCUUUGGACAAGUCCAUUCAACAAAAACUUUUAGAAGUUCGACUUUCACAAAUGGACCCUCAAAACCACAAACCUCUAGAUGAAGGCAUACUUAGGACAACGUCAUACCAAGCUCUGGUAGAUAAUUUGCAGUUUAUGGCUAACUUCAUCCAAAAAAACUGCUCGAUCCAUAACGAGCCAGUCUUCGACUGCUUUGAAGCCCUAAACGUUUCGCGAUCGAGGUUUUUACUCAAUCGUCAACUGAUAAACGCUUUAAGAAGUAAAGUGUCACACUCUUCCAAUUGUUUGGAAAACGGGGAUGAAAAUGGUAAAGACGCACACGUGGUUGUUUUAAAUGAAUUGGGAAAUACGUAA